AUGGCUACGGCUGCAAUUCAUCACUGGUGCUGGUGCGGAAACCUCUGUGCUUCGUGGUGCUCAAGAUGUGAAGACGAGUGGUAUUGCUCUCCCGAGCACUUGGCAAUGGACUGGCCAAGGCACCGUGUGAAUUGCGUCCCAAAAUCUAGCUGGUCAUCCAGCAGCACAUCAAGUAGUGUAUCCACCCCCUCUCCUCCAAUGCCCCCUUGCGUUUCCCCUGAAGUGAUCCAAACACCUCCCCGAGUUAUUCAGACGACAAAGGCAUCCUUCCAUGGAAUGGUGUUCCCCGUUGACGGAGAGCGGCCCAAAUUGAUUCCCGUCAACCUUUUGGGUAUGGUACAUGAAGGGGGCGUUGUAGAUUGGCAGCCUGUGCUCGCUCCGAUCCUAGGAGCUGACGCUGAGAUCGCCAGCAUGAUUAUUUCUACCGGCGUUGGAGGAGAACCAUUGCGCUUCCCCCUCCAAGUGUUCUUCCGUUCCAACUUCCUCGCCGAUGGGUCUCGCCGAAAUCAUACUGUUGAGUCUUUGACCUAUGGAAAAGCUAGACAUGACUGGAAGGGGCCAAUUGUUGCCUUGAAGUAUUCUGGAACCCGACUCUCUGGCUAUGCGAACAUUACAAUGGCCGACCUUCCUUCUCUUGACAAUGUCUCUGUGGCUCCUAGCCAAUUUUCAUCACCAGCUCAUGUUGCAAUCACCAACGAGCUAAAUAAGAAGUAUGCCAAUCGAGUCUUGCUUGAUAUAGGGCUGUGUAUUUGUGUGUUCGACCUGAUUUGGGUGGGCGAGGGCGUUGUCAAGUAUGGUGAUGGGUGCUACUGGUAUAAAGUUACCUUCCGAAUGGUUGUGUUCCGACCUGCUCGUUCCGAAGUUAUUAUAGGAAAAGUCAAGUCAUCCACUGAGGAUGGCAUCCGAGUUACACUGGGAUUCUUCGAUGAUAUCUACAUUCCCCGGGACUAUCUUCCAGUUCCUUCUGCAUUUGACCACAAUGAACAAGCUUUCUUCUGGCUCCCACCACAUCAUUGGGCCUCUGACGAACCACCUUCAACAACUCAAUUAUUAGACACCGACAUCACCACUAGGCUGUACCUGGAUCGAAACGAGGUGAUUCGAUUACGUGUAGAACGAGAUGAGUUCUACGAGAAUGAACCGGGCCCAAGAAAGCCAGAUAUAGGCCAGCCUGGACAAGAAGAUAGGGUUGAAGAUGAUGCUGACAGGAAGGCGCCGUAUACAAUUACGGGAUCCGUUCAUGGCGAUGGCCUCGGGGCGCUUGUGUGGUGGGAGAAUACGGAGCAAGACGUCAUGGAAGAGUAA